AUGCAGACUGCUUCUACAAACAUUUCUGAAAGAUUGUGCAAUAAGUCCAUUCAUGAAAUUUCCUUGCUACUAAAUAUUCCACAAUCAACUGUUAGUGGUAUUAUAACAAAGUUGAAGCAACUGGGAUCAACAGCAACUCAGCCACAAAGUGGUAGGCCACUUAAAAUGACAGAGCGGGGUCAGUGCAUGCUGAAACGUACAGUGCGCAGAAGUCGCCAACUGUCUGCAUGCAGAGUCAGAAGCUAAAGACUUCCAAACUUUAUGUGGUCUUCAGAUUAGCACAACAACAGUGCAUACAGAGCUUAAUGAAAUGGGAUGCAGCUGCAUCCAAG